CGUUUUCUCUCGAGAGUCGGUCGACGGACACUGCGUCUUGUGAGUCGACGCUGCCGGGGUCGGCUGAAUCGUCAUUCAGCGCCGUCGAAUCGACUCGUGACUGCUCCUCCCUGGUCGCAUCGGAUCGUCGGGUUUUCAACCACCCGCCGGUGUUGUGUGGAGUGCGCGUGCGUUGUGUGCCACCGUCGUCGCUGUCCUCGUCGCCGUCGGAGGACCCUAUAAGUCGACUCGGAAGCUGUCGCCCCCUGCGUGAUUCUUCGAGUCGACUCGACGAGCGGAGGGAACUGUGCGCGGUGCGACGACGAGAUCAAAGUCGCCCACGAUGAUCCUUAGGUACUUCGUGGUGACAGCGACGACGCUCCUUUGUCUGGGCGGCACGCUGGUGUACGAGGACUCUCGGCCGACGCCGUACAGCCCGGAGUACGGUCCGGACUGCGCGCUCAUCGUCACCACCACCAAGCCACACGCGGCCAUCAUACAGAAACCGCCGCUGGGUUCCACCUCGGGGCUGCAGUACAUCUCAAACUUCGUGCCGCAGCUAAAAGCGGUGGCGCUGACGGAGGGCCAACAGUGCAUCACGUACGAAGACGUGAACCAGGCAGUCCUCGAAGCCAAAGCCAAGUUCGGCGAGGACGUGCCGCACGAGAUCUACGAGCUGUCGUCCGACUCACCGACGCCCGAGCACGUCACCGUGCCCGCAGAGAUCAUCCAGGAGGCCUCCAAGGUACUCGCAAGGAGGUUCUCGCUGUCCUACCACGCCAUCGUGUACGGGCUGCCUCAGAUCGACACGACCAAGACGGUGGUGAAGGACAUCUGCCCGACGUUCCUGCGGCCGGUCAAGUGCGAGCUCAGCCGCUACCGGACCCUCACCGGCAUGUGCAACAACCUCGACAACCCGUCCUGGGGAAGCGUCCGGGCGGCCAUGGUCCGCUACCUGCCGCCGGCCUACGCAGACGGCAUCUCCGAGCCCCGCGUGGCCAAGGACGGCGGCCCGCUGCCCAACCCCCGCAUGGUGAGCUUCCUCGUGCACCACGACGUGAGCGAGCACGACCGACGGGUCCGGAACCUCCUCGUCGCCUUCGGACAGAUGCUCGACCACGACCUCACGCUGGCCGCCCCGACGCUCGACACCGAGAGGCAGGACAUCGAGUGCUGCAAGUACGCGCCCGAGGACCGUCACCCUAACUGUAUGGGCAUCGACAUCCCUCACGACGACCCCUUCUACAAGUUCUUCAACAGAAAGUGCCUGGACUUCGCCAGGAUCCUUGCUGGACUCAGGCCUUCUUGUACGCUCGGACCCCGAUCUCAGAUGAACACACUCUCCUCUUUCAUCGACGCCGGAUUCGUUUACGGCGGCACCCAGGAGAUUGCCAGCAGACUUCGGGAGUUCAGCGGAGGCCGUCUCAAGAGCACUCCCCUGUACCGCGACCUCGGCCUCAAGGACAUGCUGCCGAUGAAGACCGUAGAAGCCGACGUAGGAUGCAUGGCCAGACCCAGGAGCCUGUACUGCUUCGACGCUGGUGACGAGCGAGUGAAUGAGCAGCUGGCCCUGACGGUGAUGCACACGCUGUGGAUGCGUGAGCACAACAAGAUCGCCGGUCACUUCCAAGAGAUGAACCCGCACUGGGACGACGAGACACUGUACCAGGAGGCGCGGCACCUGCUCGUGGCCGAGGUCCAGCACAUCGUCAUCAACGAGUGGCUACCCAUGAUCAUCGGUCCGGACACCGUCAAGAAAUACGGCCUGGUACCCUCCCAGGGCUACUACGACGGCUACAGCAGCAAAGUCAACGCGGGCAUCCGACAAGCCUUCCAAUCGGCUGUCUUUCGAUUCGGCCACAGCUUGCUGCCAGAUGUCACCGAGAGGUACAACAAGUUCCAUGAGAAACUUGAGGCGAUCCGACUGUCUCGGUUGCUACGUCAGCCGUACGACCUGUACAAGCCCGGAGUGAUGGACACCUUUAUCAUGGGACUGGUCAACCAGCAGUCCAACCGGAUGGACCCCGAAAUCACCACUGAGGUUACCAACCACUUGUUCGAGAAGCCCGGCGACGGGUUCGGCAUGGACCUGGUUUCCCUGAACGUGCAACGUGCCCGGGAGACCGGCGUGCCCGGCUACAACGACUUCCGGGAAUACUGCGGCCUGCCCAGGGCACGAGACUUCUGGGACCUCGUCGGCUACCUGCCCAACAAGACCAUCCACCGGUACACCCAGGUCUACAAGCACGUGGACGACAUCGACCUGUGGAGUGCUGGCGUGUCCGAGUACGGCCUCCCGGGCGCCGUGACGGGUCCCACGUUCGCCUGCCUGAUCGGCGAGCAGUUCGCCAACAUCAGGCGCGGAGACCGCUUCUGGUACGAGAACCCGGGAUGGCCUUCGUCCUUCACGUUAGAACAACUACACGAGAUCCGCAAGGUGCGGCUAUGCAGGCUGCUGUGUGACAACGCUGACGACAUGUACGACGUACAGUUCUCGGCGCUCGUCAACCACGAUCCGGGAGCCAACCCAAGAAUCAACUGCGCCUCUCCCGAAAUGCCCAAAAUGGACUUGUCGAAGUGGAAAGACACGACAUACCUAAAGAAAUAAGCCAACAAUUUUAAGCCUUCGACGACAACAAAAUUGACAAGAAAAAGAAAGUGUGAUGCAUCCUUGGUUGCGCAGGCACCCCCAAACGUUCACAGCAAGCGACUCAAAGAUGAUGUAUUCCCGUCCCAGGGAGGGGAACAUAGAUAUGUUUAUAUUAGGAAGCAAGGCUCGGACGGGCUGCGACACAGACACCAUGUCCAUAAUGUCACAGCGGUCCGAGGUUACCAAAUGUUUGCUGCUUUGCUGUUUAGGUUUAAUGGGUCAGCCAGGACCACGUGGCAAACGAGGAUACGUCAGUACUUUCUAAUCUCCGGCUUUCGAUUUCAAAGACAUUUGGUGUGAGAUCAGAAUUGUCUCAAACACAUCGUGCCUGGGGUAGUAGCUUAAAAGAAGGAACACUUUCUUGCACGCUACGCAUGUGUGCAAGAUCGGAGUUGCCAUGUGCGUAUUGUAGCUUGUGUAAUGGGUGAGGAGUCUUAGUUUUUCAAAGACUUGGAGCGUCAAGUUAGCAAGCAAUGUCCGCGCCGCGGAUCCGACGGGAAACAAACAGGCACCACGGAAGUAGAGUAGGAAUUAUAUAUAUAAAAAAACAAAUGCCUUAGGUACGAAUUUUAGUUCAUAACUCGAGUGUUCUCUGUGCCAUAAAUGGAACGACUUAAAACUUUCGUCGCGGCAACAAUAACGUCUCUUCGAUUCAAACCCAACAUCCACAGAGUGAGUAUGACGACAAGAUUACGACAGUUCUGAGCAGAGCAAGCCAAUGUGCGAGUCUUCGGCACAUUUAACGCGUGUGCACGGGUAAUGGGUAGAAAACAUUGCAACGUUAGUCUCUCUUCUCCCUGAUGACAAACAUUCCGAGGAGCUCCAAAAACAUUUUCCGACGACGACGUCAUUUUCGAGAGGUUAUCAAUUCCUGCCAACAGGAAGACAAAAAACACAAAAACAUUCCUAACACCUAUCACCGAUUCGACCCUUUUGCGACUGGCCGUAACUUUUCACUUCAAAGUAACCACGAGUGCCGUUAGGAAUCUCCGAAAACCCCUCUUUUGUACAUACGGUUCAUGCCCUUGGUUCGAGUGGACCUCUAGCCACGGUCAGGAUAGCGACAUUCCUGACGUCUCCCGGUGGGGUUUCCGCUCAAACAAGUAUGCGUCUCUCCCUGCACCCCUUUUCAAAACGACAAAGUUCAAUUCCUUCCCUCUCCGCGGGAUAGCAGUGUAAAGAGUAUGAAAUUGUUCCCACGGAAGCCAGAAAAAAUUUCAGAACCAACUUAGCUAAGAGACAACGUUUGCACAGAGCGCGAGCAUAAUAUGUUUUUUUUUUCGUCGUUUGUUUUUCCUUUGGCACAGCCGCCAUUGUACAUACUUCCAGUCUCCCUUAUAUUUAUAUGCGACACUUCAAAGGGUUCGACAGGCUUCACUGUGCCUCACCCCCUCCACCAUCCCCUCUGACCCAAGCCGUUGAAAAAAAAAAAUCUAAACGGUUGUGUUGUUAUGCGCUACCGGCAGUGUCGUCGCCUUGGUCACUGUACCAUCGUCAGGGAAUUCGUAGUGCCCGACGUUGCGAAAGGCGACGCCAGGUGUGCGGGCGUCAAGAGGUUGCCGUGUGCCGCGAAUAUCGAGAAUAAUUUGUUCUCGUUUUUCUUAUAAUUGUUUUGCGGCAAAGCAAGCUGAUGUGAGUGAGAGCGAGAGAAAAAAAAAAAAGAGUACCUUGAACCAGAAUCUUUUUUUUUCCCUUUCCUGUUUUUUUUUCUUCCGUAUGAAAAAGUGUGCAACACAUUUUUGUUAACUAACUGCUGAAUAAAAAAAAAAUGUUGUUUUUCUAUUA